UCGCGCAGUGUUUUUCCUCCCUGCUGGAAGAGUGACGCUACUUGGACAUCCAGGAAGAGCAGACAAGGACGGGCAGAGUAACUGGUUGUCCGCUCUGGUUACCAUUGAAUGCUUGCUCCAAAUAGCUAAAGGAGCCGCAACAACUGCAACAAUGAUGCUCAGAAUUCCAGAAAUCUGACUUAUCCCUAGCCUAUUCUCAGCCUCUGGACCCCUACCAGCGGAGCCUAAGGAAUGUGUCGCACAACAUAAAACUUCAGUGGUGGAAAAAUACAGGUUUCUAUUUCUGUAAAGGUCACCAAAAAAAAAGAUGGCUGACUCAGCAGACCAAAGACUCCAACUUUGAGAGCCUCUGGAGGAGAGAAAAAUGGAGUAGUGAUUUCCUCAGGCACCAGAAGUGGAGCAUUACCAGGGUCAACUGGGGUUUCUUUCCUGUGGUGAGAAAGGAAGCCUUAGACUGCACCCUGUUGCAGAAGAGCACUCCGCUGCACUUCUUCCUGCACAGCACCAGUCCAGUUACUGGAACGGCAAGGGAAUGGAUUGAAGGGAAUUGGUUUGUGGCAUCAGUGGCUUAUAGUCGUGUAGGAGGAGAAUCAGACCUACCAUCUCAGCUUCACAAAGUCGAGCCCUGUCAGUAGUGCUGAGUCAAGGAUCGAAUGAAGUCCAUGAAAAGGAAGCAUUUCGGCGAAAGUCUUUGAACCAUCUGCAUUUGAAUCAAGAAGGAAGCCAAGCAUCAGACAUGGGAAACACCAUGGUAGGGAUUCUAAACCUAACUGGAAAAUCACUGCAACCAAAGUACAAUUGGUGUGAUGGGUCAAGAAUCUGGGAAGGCAGCUUGGCCCAGACCAGCAGGAGGUUAUCAGACUCUCACUGGAAGAAGAUAUGGGAGAAGACAUGCUUAUGUUAGCUUUCGGCCCUCCAUUGGCAAGCCAUGGAAACAUGAUGAGCACCAGUGGGGAAGAAUGGAGCCAAACACUGUUGCGAAUGAUAAUGGUUUAUCUGCCAGUGGAAUCUUAUCAACAAAUGAAUUGCUUUCACAACACACUGGAUAUGACCAAACUAUGGAUCCCAAAAAAGAUGAGGAUUUUGACCCUCAAAGGGAGAAUGGAUUUUUGUCAUCGCCUUUGAAUCAAAGACUUGCUCAAUGUGAGUCCAAUGAAUUUGUUUCACCCAGUGGUACAGAACCAUCAGGAGGUUACUUGGAUAGCCAAAAUGCAGAACCCUCCAAGUGGUCAAUACCUAGUGAUAUUUUUGAGACCACCUCCGAAAAUCAGGUUGGCAUUGGUCUUGUAAGCAUGGAUUCAUAUGAAUCAGAAAGUAGUGAAGGAGAGGAUGAAGAUUCAGCUACUCAUUCCUGCUUACAGAAAGAAGGAAAACUUCAGAAAAGGUUGGACACAAUGCUUUCAGAGUUAGAAAAAGGUGUUGACUAUCUUAAUGGGCUACAGUCCUACCUCUCCGCUGUAAUCCAUGAUGGUAGCAACCAGCAAGUUGAGCCACCAUGUUCUGUGGCAAUGGAUAAUUUACCUGAUGUGAACUUUGCCUUUAAAGAACAUCAAAGUGAGUUGAAAGAGCACCAAAAACCUUUACCAGCAUUAGAAAAUGUGGAAGAAAUGAAUGGGUAUGUCAAAAUGGAGGAGAUUAAGGAGAAAACAGAAAGGAAUCUCGACAAGAACUCUCUGGGAGUUCAAACUGAAGGAAACAUAUUCUGUUGUAUGUUAGAACAACCAAGCUCCUCAGAAAUGGUAGUAAGACCGAAAGUUAGAAAGCAGAGAACUGACACCAAUUCACUAAGAGAUCUGCACUCACCUGAUGAUACUUACAGCCAUUGUACAAAAGAAAUGAAAAGUAACACGGGAUGUUGUGGAUCAAAUAUUGCCCUUUGGAAUUGCAUGGAUAAAAUCCAUAAUGAUUUAAAAUUUGAAUCUGGAUCUAACGUCAAGGGAACAACUGGUAUUCACAUAGAACAGGCUACUAACCAACAGGAAGACCCUGAUGAUGCCACAGAUGACAGCUUCUGGGAUGACUUUGAAAAUGAUUGUACUAUAGGAGAAGAGAGCAGCUCAUUAAGCAGUGGUGAGGAGUGGUCAGCGUUAUGGACCUCUGAUUUUGUCUUAGAAAAAAUGCACUCUAGUGAUGAAAGCUGGGAAACUUUAUCAGGAGCUGAUGAACAGACAACUGAACCAAACAGCAUGAGUAGCAGCCUGGAUGAAGAUGCCUUUGAACACUGUUUUACUAUAGGAGAACCAACCUCCUUAGAAGAAGGAGAGAUUCCCUGGGUGGCAUUUAAUGAAGAAAGUGAUAGCACUAGUACCAGCAGCAGCAGCACUGAUGAGACUGAAGGGCUUGAUCAACUUGGGCAAUCAGGGCUUUUAAUUCUAAAUGACGGCAACAACUUUGAAGAUUAUUCCAGCAUCAGUGAAGACUUGGAUAUGGAAUGGAGACUGCUGGAUGAACUUGGUGAAGGACUUACUGCUCAAGCUAUAUCAUCUGUUAAUCCACAGCUCCUUUCCUUCAUGGCUCUCGAAGAGCGACUGGCUCAAGCAAUGGAGGCUGCUUUAGCACAUCUAGAAUCUUUGGCCAUAGAUGGGGAGCAGGCUCCACCUCCAGCAUCCAAUGAAACAAUUGAAUGCUUACCACAAGUUCCAAUCACCGAGGAGCAUAAUGGCCUGGAACAGUCCUGUGCUAUCUGUUGCAGUGAAUAUGUAAAAGAAGAUUUGGUUACAGAAUUGCCCUGUCAUCAUAUAUUUCAUAGACCAUGUGUGAUCCUCUGGUUGCAGAAGUCUGGUACGUGCCCUGUUUGUCGUCACAUUCUCACAUCGACACUUCCAGAAGCCGCUGCUGAAGCUGCUACAUUUUUGCCCGAACCAGCAACCCCUCCACCUACGCGUGAUGGUCCAACAAUACGAUGAAGUCUGAUUGUACCCAGUGAAUGUAAAAGGAAACGGCACUGUUUAGGAUCAGAAAGUAUGAAUCAUAUGUUUGUGAUUUUUGCUGUAGGCUUAUUUUGUUUAAAGGCUGACAAAACUGUCUUACUACUAGUGAGGAGUUUAAUUCUGCAUUAUAAUUUUAUGUAAAAAAUCUUCAAUUAAGGGUUGUUUCUUUUGUGACAGAAAAUUAGAUCUUGUAAAUAUUUUUGUGGGGGCUAGAUUUAUGAUGUACUUGAUUUGUUUCUCUGUUUAAGUGUAAUUCUGACUAAGUAUUUUAUUUUAAAUAAUCGUGUAUUUUGAUGCUGGUAAUUGUAUUUGCAAGGAGCUUUUGGGCACAAAUGUACUGUGAGAUUUAUUUUGAAAUUUAAUUCUAAGGUUUUGUUUUUGUUUAACGCAGUAACACACUUACUUUACACUGGGUGAUGGAGCACGAGGAAGUUGUCUUAAUUCCAUUGGAUAAUAUUGUUUAGUUUCUUACAAUGUGACCAGCAUAAUGACCCAUAAAUGAAGACAACAUCUGAACUCACAACAGCAUUGAAUAUUGUUUCACCUCCAAUAAAGUGCAUCAUUAAAACUGUAACCACUGCCA